GGUGGAGGAGGGUAUCAGCAGAGCUCUUAUAAAACGGUAAACACAGUAUCAAAUGUGCAAUGGCUCAAUACUCUAUUGAUGUCGGAGGAGAGAUAAUCUCUAUUUCCUAAGGCAUGUUGUGGGUAGAAUUUUCCUACAAACCAGCUGUGACAGGACUUUUUAAGUCUUUUAAAUCCAUUUAUUUGAGAAGUCAGACCAGAAGGUGCAAGUGCAAUGAUCAUGACCUGUUUUACUAGCAGCAAGUACUUACCUGGUGUAUCGUUAAGUUACAUUGGUCACUGAUGGUGUGAUCAGCCACUGUUAGUACUUACCUGGUGUAUAGUUAAGUUACAUUGGUCACUGAUGGUGUGAUCAGCGAUUUAAACCUGUCUGGUAUUGCAGCUGUUGGGCUAGAUUUACCAACUUUUGGAAACUACUGGCAAGCUGUGGAAUUAUUACUUCAAGUCAAAGUAUUACAUAAGCACCCCAGCAGACUACAGUUUGGUAGCUCUCCCCAGCAGACUACAGUUUGGUAGCUCUCCCUAGCAGACUACAGUUUGGUAGCUCUCCCCAGCAGACUACAAUUCGGGAGCUCUCCCUAAGGUACAGGGGAUGUAUAUGAAAAACAAUUCAACAUGUGCUUUCAUACCGUAGGAGCAGCACCAGAUCACUGGAUAGCCAGAGAGUGAGGAAAGGAAUGGCCGAUGACUCUUUCUGGAUUUCAUACGACAUGCUCAACUUCACAGACGAUCUGUUUCUGCAGUUUCAGAUGUCACAACAGAAUGAAACGGAUCAAAUUGAGGAUGAUAUCCUACACUCAAGUGAACCUUUACGCAUUUUCAUUAUCACAAUCUAUGCCAUUGUAAUCAUCAUGGGCUUCAUAGAGAACCUUCUGGUCGUCAUAGUGAUUGUGAGGCAUCGACACCUUCACAAGGUAACCAACAUAUUCAUAGCAUCACUGGCCGUGUCGGACAUUGUGCUUUGUGUGUUUAACCUGCCAUUCCAGCUUCAUUACCAGCUCACAGACUUCUGGGUAUUCGGUGAGAUUUUGUGCCGCAUCAUCAUGCCCACUUUCGGAGUUCCUAUAUUUUAUUCCACGACCUGCAUGAUGAUGAUCGCAGUGGAUCGGUACAUUUUGAUUGUGUUCCCAUUCAAAAAACGAAUCACCAAGGAGAUGGCGAUCCUCAUCAUAUCUGUGAUAGUGUUUAUUACCUUCGGCCUUGCCACCCCUGUAAUGGUUCACACACGUUACGAUGUAAUAAACAUACCUUUAUUCAACAUACAUAAGAUCUUCUGCUAUGAGAAAUGGCCGCGGUUCGGCGCUCUGACAUAUACCUUUGCAAUAUUUUUCUUUCAAGUUUUAUUACCAUUUGGGGUGACAGCCAUUUUGUACUUUAAGAUACAUCGUGUGUUACAACAACGUCCGCUCAAAAGAUCAGAAACUAGGCGGAAUAACCGGACAAACAGAAUUCUCAUCUCAAUUGUAGGACUUUUUGCAGUUUCUUGGUUGCCCUGGAACAUCUUUGCCUUGAUAAUCACUCUCAAUCACAAAACUGUGUAUGGACCUUACUUCAGACUUAUAGACUUAAUACUAAAAAUCAUAGCCAUGAGUUCAGCAUGCAUUAAUCCUUUUCUUUAUGGCUGGCUCAAUGAUAAUUUCAGAAAAGAAUUUGGCAUUAUGCUUGGAAAGAAAAUUAAGCAAGUACGUCACAAUGGCUACACUAAUACAUAUGCUGAAGCCUCCAGGACUUGUGUUGUACAGGACAAAUUAACUACAGCAUUAUAAGUAUUAACUCUGAAUACGUGUACUCACAUCUACUGGUUUAUUAUAUCAUAAUGAUAUAUAUCCUUAUAUUUCAAUGGUUCAUUUUCAAAUGAGGAGGUAUGUUGAUUUUUACAAUCUUUGCAAUAAUAUUUUUUUUUAUUACAAGCAGAAAUUUAUACUAUAUGUCCUUGCAUUUCAAUUACAAAGUCAUUAAAUUAUAAAAUUAAAACUUUGUUAAUUUCAAGGGUUUAUUACCAGAAGUAUAACUUAAUGGUAUUUAAUGGUUCACAGCUGCUAGAUGAUGAAUAACUAACUUGUAUUUAAUGGUUCACAGCUGCUAGAUGAUGAAUAACUAACUUGUAUUUAAUGGUUCACUAUGAUAAAUGAACGUCUAUUUCCAUGGUUUAUUACAAGAUGAAGAAUAUAUCAUUGGUUAAUAAUUUUGCUAUUCCUAGGGAUUGAUUUCCUGAAUUUAUACUACCUACAUUGUGUCACCUAUCAUCAAGUGGGUUUUUUUAAGAUACUAAGUCAGCAGAACUGAUGUUGAAAUAAAAGGACCUUUAUCUACAUGUACAUAUAAAUGUAAUACCUCAUAUCUAUUACAUCCGUUCUAGAGAUAUUUCAUCCAGGUAUGUACACCUGUUGUGUGUACCUAUAUCUAGCUGUUGAUCAGGUAUGUACACCUGUUGUAUGUACCUAGUGGCUAAUCAGAUAUGUACACCUGUUGUAUGUACCUAGUAGCUAAUCAGGUAUGUACACCUGUUUUAUGUAUCUAAUGGCUAA